AUGUCUCACACAACCUUUCCUUCCGAUAUACCCAUCCCUACCGACGAUGGAGCUUGCGAUCACCUAGCAGGCAUGACUGUACCGCCUCUUUCACUACCAGCUACCAAUGACUCCACUGUCAAGAUCUCCUCUUUGCCAGGCCUGGUGAUCAUCUUCUGCUACCCUCGUACCGGUGCUCCCGGCGAAACCAUCCCAGAUGCAUGGAACUCCAUCCCAGGAGCCCGUGGCUGCACUCCCCAAGCUUGUUCAUUCAGAGACACGCAGAGAGAGUUCAUGACUGCAGGCGUAAACAAAAUCUUCGGUCUGAGCACCCAGUCUACAGCCUACCAACAAGAAGUAAAGACAAGAUUGAACCUACCCUUCGAAUUGCUCAGUGAUGAGAAGUUGGAGUUUGUGGAAGCACUGAGUUUGCCAACUAUUGACUGGGAAGGCAAGAAACUCACCAAGCGGAUCACUCUUGCGAUGGUUGAAGGGAAAAUUAUCAAAGUUUGGUAUCCUGUGUUUCCUCCAGACAAGAGUGCCCAGCAGGUUCUCGACUGGUUGGCAGAGGANAAAACUGCUGGACAGAAGUUUGGUGGUAAUCGUCGCAUGUCGGUCACAUAG